UCACGUGUUUGUCGUUCUUGUCAUUCUUGCAUGUCUGAAAGAUCACUAAAUAAUUAAAUGCUGCAAUUAUUUAGCAAAAACUUAAAUUUCAGGAAAUGUGUCACUACAAGUAAUGAAAUAUUUUGCUCUUUGUUUGUCGGACGUGCGUCAAGACCUGUAAUUGGGCAUUCAAUUAGCCGCUGGCCUUCGCAGCUAAGAAAGAUGAGUGACGUCUCAUUGGAUGCAGUUGAAGACGUUGACAUUCAUGAUUCAGGGAAGUUCAAGUACAUUCUCAUUAAAAUAUGGCCAGAGGGCGAUGAAAGCAACUACAAACAUAUAGUGAGAGGCUACAAAUGGGCCGGAUAUCAUGCUGACAUAUUUGAUCAGUGGGAACCGAAGCUUCGAUUGCAGAAGAUUAGCUGUUAUUGUGAGGGUGGUGGACGGAUACAACACGAUCCUCAAAACAAGACGAUAUUGGUCUACGGUUACUCAAUGGGUUUUGGGCAAGCGGAUCAUAGCAUCACAGUGGAGAAGUUAAAAAGCAGAUACCCAAACUACGCAAGUAUUACAUUCACCAAUGAAGGAUACUAAUGUUGACCUUGAUUGGUGUAGCCUAAGCUUGCUGAUUUAGUGGAUGGAGGAGGGGACCGGGGGCCUGGGGGUUGAAGUUGUAGAUGAGGGAGUGGCUUGAUGUAAGAUAUUGGAGAGAAGCAUCUCAGGCUGAUAUCAUCGGAUGGAUGGAGAAGACCGCUACUUCCGUUAUUUUCAAUCUCAUUUGAUCUCUCCCAGUGAGCAGAGUUGAAGUGUUUAGCAUCUGUUUCUGUUAUUUUAAUUUAGUUACAAUGAAUGCGCAAAAUGUUUAUUCAAGCCUAUGUCGUUGAUACAAAGCUCUUGCCCUCUGAAGAUGCGCGAACAAAUAACCUCUUCUUAUAUACCGAUACAAGGGUUGGAUCCCAAGUUCAAAAAUGGAGAUGGGUAUCAAACCUUCCUAUCUCUUCUGGCCGAGUACAUAUUUAUUGCUAAAGUGUAAAAAAAAAAAUUAGUAUCAUAGCAAGAUCCAUUACCAAAAGCUGUCUUCUGCAUCAUGAGUCAAUUUUGAUGAUAAAGAAGGAAUAUUUGUUAACAAUCUUGUGUGUAAGACGUACAUGUAAAAUGGACACAUUUUCUUGUAACAUUUUCAUAAAUAUAAAAAUCCCUUUCUCUUAACCCCUUUGCGACAAAAGCCGGCAAGAGCCACUCCAUUGUGUGAGGAUUAGUGCAUACCAUACAUGCAGUCUAGUCACCAUGCAGCUGCUGGUUCAAUGUGGGCCUGCUGCUGUGCAGAGCCCUGCAUACUGGGCAUACCACAGCCUAGCAGUCGCAGUCAAAAUAAUCCUGCCGCGAAGGGGUUUUAAAGUGACUGUUUUUCCUCAGAAUAUGUGCCAACCUUUAAGGUUUACUUCUGAAAGUUAGUACCAAAUAAUAAUCUGUGAAAAUUCUGUGUUUUCACAAGUAGAAGAUGUCAUUUUGUUAAUAUAAUAAAAAGAUGGACUAAAACAUCC